AUGGCUAAGGCCCAGAGAUUCAUCCAAGCGGCAUACAUCUGCCGUCAUUCAGAAGAGGGUAGUAAGAAGAGAAAGGAAGAAGGCAGCAAUAGAGAUCAGCCCAAACAGCAAAAAACGGGCGGUAGGUCGGACAGAUUCACAGAUCAUGGAAACGACCCUCGUUUUAACAAAAAUCGGAGAGAAAUCUACCUGGACGUCAAACAUGAAUCCAUGCUACCCAAUUCCCCACCCAUCAGGACCUCAGCCUACCGAAGAGACAAAAGCCAAUGGUGUGAGUACCACCGAGAAUGUGGUCAUACCACAAAAGAUAGUAGAGAACUGAAGAAAGGAUUGGAUAACCUGGCUGACCAGGGCAAGCUGAACCGCUAUCUCAAGCACACAAGCGAGGAGAAUGGGAAACAGAAGGUCGAUCAGUCCAAUAGUGGGGAUACGGAGGGUUUCAUUGGAGUCAUCGCAGGUGGCUUCACCUCAGGAGGCCUAACCGGUCGAGCUAGGAAAGCCCACCUCCAAAACCUCAAACACCAAGUGCUAGAGGUCAAGCCGAGCCGGUCCGACUGCCCCAUAAUGACUUUCGGGGAGUCCAGUCGGCCAGUAAGUGUACCCCAUGAUGACCCCCUGGUCAUCGAGCUCAAAGUAGCCAAUUCCCGGGUAAGGCGCGUCUUAGUUGAUAGCGGGUCAUCUGCCGAUAUCAUAACUCUAGAAUGCUUGAAGAAGCUGAAAUACAGUGAGAAGGAUGUCACACCACUCGACCAGCCACUUAUAGGCUUCGGGGGUAACUCCGUAUAG